GGCAUCUCAAAAACUAAAGUUUACCAAAACUUUCAAGUCAUCAUCUCACAGAAUUAACUGUGAGACUCUAUAUGAGCUAUGGCAACCGAAAUCGAUAUUCCAGUGUCUGUAUCCUCAAAGAAAGGUGAAAGGGAAGAUGAUGCAUUUUCAAGUGAAUUUUUGGACGGAAAAGUUACCGAACAUCCUGGAAACAGAGUGAAGCAACUUGAAUCUGGGCCUAAUCAACCCUUAGAAACUAGCAGCCAUGUGGCAGAAACUGUAAAUACACAACUAGGAUCUGAUAAACGGACCGAUGAUGAGGGUGGAAUUUUUUUCCAAGCACUCUCAGUUCCCAUGGUCAACACACCAGACAGUUGCGAGACUACCACAACGGAAGAUCAGGAAGACAUAAGGACGACUAAGAUUGAAACCUUCACAGAAGAGAACCCAAAUGAUGAUGAACGAGUUGCAGUUAUUGCCUCUGAAGAGACAGAAGAUCACAAUGUGGUGGAAGCAGUUUCUGCUCAAACCGAAGGGUCUAUUGAUCAUAUUCAUGGUUUGAUCAAGGGCUCGGACAAGGAUAUAGAAGAAGUAACGGAGUUCUGCAAUAAAGAUGAAAGCACGGGUGGUUCCUCAAAUGCAAAAACAGAUGCAGGUAAAGAAGAGAAGGAAGGUAAGGAACCUGAAAUUGUUAAAACUAAAGAAAAUGUUGAGAAAGAUGAUGAAGAAAUUAGACCAAGCGUUGAAACAGUGGAAAAAACAGAGUAUGAGGGGUUGCAGGAUGGCAUUAUCUCUGAUGUUUGUGUCUCGACACAAACAAAGCCCAAACACGGGAUUACAGAAGAUGAAAAAAAGAAUGAUGAUGGUCAAAUGAAGAGUGAAAAAAAGGGCUCAGAGAAGGCUGAAUCUGAAGGAUUAGAAGUUUCGUACAGCAUGGCACCAAGUAAGAAAGAAAUAGCAAGCGAAGAUGAAGAUCAAGAAAAGGAAUAUGUUCUCAACGUGUUAGAACACGAACAAGGUAAUGGGGAUGAUGUUACAGGCUCACACGAUGCAACCGGUGAGGAUAUAAAAGAAACAGCAGUCAGUCAACAUGCAACCACAGUGGCCUAUGUCAAGGAGCAGGAUCUGAAUGAAACAGAUAACAAAUCAGUUGAUGCUCAAGAGGCAAGUGAGCAGAGUGAGAAUGAAGGAAGAGACAGAAGUGAACAAAAGCCCAUGGAAAGUAUCAACAAAAUUGUACCCUCCUGUUCAGAAACUGAGCAAGAAGAACAAACUGAAGUGAUCAGGCCAAUUGUUGAAAUAGAUGAGGAAGCAAUAACAAUUUUAAACAAAGAUGAUGAUCAAGAAAAGGGACAAGAGGUCAACAUGUCAGAAAAAAGCCAAUAUGAGGAUACCAUUACAAGUUCACAAGACGUGACAUUUGGAGGCUUACAAAGAAAGAACCACUAUAGUGAAAGCAUUGAACCUGAACUUGUUGAAACUAAGGAAAUUAUAGAGAAGGAUACUCAAGAAAUCGAAGAUAAUGUCGAGACACUAGAGAAAACAGAGAGGUUGAUACAUGCCAUCCCCACUGAUGUUUUCAUCUCAACACAAACAGAACCAGAAGAAAAAACUCCCAAAAAUGAAGAGAAAAAUGAUGAAGAGGUUAUUGGGAGUGAUGAUGAUAAAAAAAAGAAGUCUGAAAGCCUCAUGGUUAUGGAACUAUGUGAAGAACUUGAAUCUGAAGAAGUGUCCAACCUUUCGGAUAAUUCUUGUAUGGUGUCGAAUGAGAAUGUAAUAGCGAGCAAAGAAGAUCAAGAUAAACUUUACGUGUCAGGAAAAGGCCAAGGUGGCAGUGAUGAUGUUACAAGUUCACAAAAUGCAUCCAGCGAGUAUAUAAAAGAAACAACAACCGGUCAGCAUGCUACCACACCAGCUUAUUUCGAGGAGGGGCGGGAUCUGAAUGUAACGCCUAAAGAUAUCGUCAAGGAAGGAGACGAUAGAACAAUUGAUCCUCAAGAGGAAAGCGAGCAAUGCGAAAAUGAAGCAAAGGACAAAACAGAACAAAAACAGGGAGAAAGUGUCAACAAAAUUGUACACUCAAGUUCAGAAAUUGAGCAAAAGGAUGAUACCGAAGAAAUCAAACCAAGUGACAAAAAACUGGAGCAACAAGGAUUGUUGCAUGUUAUCACUGCUGAUACUAGCAACUCAACACAAACAGAAUCUCAUGUAGGAAGUGCAGAACAUGAAGAAAAUAAUGGAGAGACUAUUGAAUGUGAUGAUGGUCAAACAAAGAAGUCUAGAAGCCCCAUGGUUGAAGCAUGUAUAGAGACUGUCCCAGAAAAGGCGAAUGAAUAUGAAGAAGGGCUACUACAUUCAAACAGUUCCAGUAUGGUGCUGAAUGAGAAUGAAAUAGUGAGCAAAGAUGAAUAUCAAGAAAAGGAACAAGAGUUUUACGUGUCAGAAAAAGGACAACAUGGUGGGGAUGAUGUUACAAGCUCACAGAAUGCAUCCAGUGAGGAUAUAAAAGAAAUGGUUGGUCGACAUGGUACCAAAGUGGCUUAUCUCGAGGAGGUGCAGGGUCUGAAUGCAAUGGCUAAAGAUAUCCUUAAGGAAGAAGCAAAGGAUAGAACAAUUAAUCCUCAAGAGGCAAGUGAGCAAUAUGAGAAUGAAGCAAGUGGCGAAAGAGAACAAAAGCCCGAGAAAAACUCUUGUUUAGAAACUGAGCAAGAGGAAUAUGCCAAAGAAAUCAAACCAAGUGUCGAGACAGAGGUAAAAGAGGAACAAGAGGGAUUGAUGCAAAUAGAAACUCAGGUAGAAUCUCAACAAGAGGCUACAGAGCAUGAAGAAAAGAAUGACGAAGAGGUUAUAGAGAGUGAUGAUGGUCCAAAGAAGAAGUCCAACAAUCCCUCGACCGAGGAAGUAUGUAAAGAGAUUGAUGCUGGGAAGGUUGAAUAUGAAGGGGUAGAACUUUUUGAUAAUUCCAGUGUGAAGCUAAAGGCAAUAGCAACUUUAAGCAAAGACGAGGAUCGAGAAAAGGAACAAGAGCUCAACAUUGAACAAGAAAAGAGCAUUUCUGGUGAAUUACAGGCACAAGUUGAAAAGGAACUGCAAGAAGAUUUAGGAGGCCAUCAAUUAGAGGACUCAAAAUCUGAGAAUCCAUGUACUACUGAACAAAAUAUUUUGGAGGAAGUUGGGGAGAAGACAACUAUGAAGUCGGAGGAGAUCACCAAACAAGCUUUUCAAGAAAGCCAAAUCGACACAAACAAGGAAAUAGAGGCAAAAUUAGAUGUUGAAAAUCAAACCGACGAAAGAGAAAAUGCAAGUGAGAUGAAAGAUGAGAUGUCAUCGGAGCUUGGACAACCUAUGGAACAAGAUAUUGAGGAGAUCCAGGCAUGUCGAACUACAACCAUUAGUGAAAAGAUAGCAGAUGAGAUCGCAAAAACGGAUGAAGAUUUUUCCCUUGGCAGUAAAGAUGAUAAAGAUGACAAUACUAUUAAAGAAGAAAAAAUAUUUCUCGAUGGAAGAACAAGGGAGAUUGAAAUCUCUGCAUUAGAGCAUGAGCCUGUUGAGGAGAAGACCACUAUAAAUUCAGAGAUCACCAAGCAAGCUUUUCAUGAAAGCAAAAGUGAGACAACCAACGAAAUAGAAGCCAAAUUAGAUGUUGAAAAUCAAGCUGACAAAAGAGAAGAUAGAAGUGAGAUGAAAGAUGAGGUCGUCCUAACGAAAAAGAUGUCAUCAGAGCUUGGACAACCUAUGGAACAAAAUGUUGAGAUCCAGGCAUGUCAAACUACAACCAUGAGUGAAAAGGUAGAAGAUGAGAUCGCACAAAAGGUUGAAGAUUUGUCCCUAGGCAGUGUAGAGGAUACAAAUGACAAUGCUAUUAAAGAAGAAAAAAUCUUUCUUGAUGGAAGAACAAGGGAGAUUGAAAUCUUUGCAUUAGAACAUGAGCCUAUUGGGGAGAAGACCACUAUAAAGCCAGAGGAGAUCACCAAACAUGUUUUUCAAGAAAACCAAAGCGAGACAAACAAGGAUAUAGAAGACAAAUUAGAGACCGAAAGAAGUGAGAUGAAAGAUGAGGUGUCAUCGGAGUAUGGACAACCUAUGGAACAAAAUGUUGAAGAGAUCCAGGCAUGUCAAACGACAACCAUGAGUGAAAGGAUAGAAGAUGAGAUUGCAAAGAAGGAUGCAGAUUUGUCCCAAGGCAGUAUAGAUGAUACAAAUGACAAUACUAUUAAAGAAGAAGAAAAAAUUCUCAAUGGAAGAACAAAGGAAAUUGAAAUCUCUGCAUUAGAGCAUGAGCCUGUUGGGGAAAAGACCACUAUAAAGUCAGAGGAGAUCAGCAAACAAGCUUUUCAAGAAAGCCAAAGCGCGACAAACAAGGUAAUAGAAGUCAAAUUAGACGUUGAAAAUCAAGCUGACGAAAGAGAAGAUAGAAGUGAGAUGAAAGAUGAGAUCGUCCUACCUGAAAAGAUGUCAUCGGAGCUUGGACAACCUAUGGAACAAAAUGUUGAGAUCCAUGAAUGUCAAACUACAACCAUUAGUGAAAAGAUAGCAGAUGAGAUCGCAGAAAAGGAUGAAGAUUUGUCCCUUGGCGGUAAAGAUGAUAAAGAUGACAAUGCUAUUAAAGAAGAAAAAAGCUUUCUCGAUGAAAGAACAAAAGAGAUUGAAAUCUCAACAUUAGAGCAUGAGCCUGUUGGGGAGAAGACCACUAUAAAGCCGGAGGAGAUCGCCAUACAAGCUUUUCAUGAAAGCCAAAGCGAGACAAACAAGGGAGUAGAAGCCAAAUUAGAUGCCGAAAAUCAAACUGAUGGAAGAGAAGAUAGAAGUUGGAUGAAAGAUGAGGUCGUCCUGAUUGAAAAGAUGUCAUCGGAGCUUGGACAACCUACGGUACAAAAUAUUCAGGAGAUCGAGGCAUGUCGAACUACAACCAUGAGUGAAAAGAUAGAAGAUGAGAUCGUAGAAAAGGAUGAAGAUUUGUCCCUUGGCAGUACAGAGGAUACAAAUGACAAUACUAUUAAAGAAGAAAAAAACUUCCUCAAUGGAAGAACAAGGGAGAUUGAAAUCUUUGUAUUAGACCAAAAGCCUGUUGGGGAGAAAACCAAGAUGAAGCCGGAGGAGAUCACCAAACUAGCUUUUCAAGAAAGCCAAAGCGAGACAAACAAAGAAAUAGAAGCCCAAUUAGAUGCUGAAAAUCAAGCCGACGAAAGAGAAGAUGCAAGUGAGGUGAAAGAUGAGGUCGUCUUGACUGAAAAGAUGUCAUUGGAGUUUGGACAACCUAUGGAACAAAAUGUUGAAGAUUUGUCCCAUGGUAGUAUAGAGGAUACAAAUGACAAUACUACUAUAGAAGAAAAAAGCUUUCUCGAUGGAAGAGCAAGGGAGAUUGAAAUCUCCGCAUUAGAGCACGAGCCAGUCGAAGAAAAAAACGGUGGUCUUGAUGAAGUAUCAAAACAAAAAUACACAGAUCUAAAUGAAGCAACAACAGCAGAACUUCAAGAAGAUUUCAUACCCUCCAGAUCACCAAGAACUUCCACAGAAAGUGAAAAUUUGCCAAUAGAAGAUCUUGACUCUGUCUCUGAAGUAGAAAUCCCUAGAGUGGUUCCCAAGUCAGAAGAUUCAGACCUGAAAGAAGAGUGUGUUAUUUCAGCAACAGCAACAUCUAUGGAUGAAGAAAAAGGAACUGUAACGAAAGAAAUUUCUAGUGACGAGAUAUCAUAUUCAGAUCCAGUAGCUGUUGAAAACUCUGAGGUGACCGAAGUAAGAGUAGAUGCCCAGAUAGCAAAAGAAGAUCUACGGGCUGCAGAAGAUAUCAAUUGUGAGUCAAAAGCUUCUUCCAGUAUACAAGCAUUAAAAAUGGAACUGAAAGAAGGUGUUGAAAAGAGUGUUAGAAUCAGUGGAGAGAUAAAGAAGGAUGGUGUAGAUGAAGCCCCAAAGCAAGAAAGUAUUCCAACUUUAGAAGAUGCUGCAACAUUAGAACCUCAAGUUAACUUGUCAAACAUAGAAUCUACUUAUCCAUCAGAAAGUGACAAGUCACCCACGUGGGCUCUUGAAUUUGUUUGUGAUGUACAAACCCCUGAAGUAGUUACUGAUUCAAAAGAGUCAAAAGUGGCAGAAGAGCGCAUUGUCUUAGCAACAGCCGAGCAUACGGAUGAAAACAAUGGAGAGGAAGAACAGGAAAUCAAAACUAAUGAAAUUUCAAGUGCAGAGAAAAAGGAACAGAUAACGGAAAGCAAUCAAGUUGUAGAACACCCUUCAAUGAUGUGUCCUAGUGCAAUUCUUAUUGAAGAGAGUCUUGAACUAUAUGGAGAGCUCAAACCCACAUCUGAAUUGAUGAUUGAUGAAGACCAAGUUGAUGAAACAAAGCCUCAACCAGAACAAUCAGUCAUCACCUCUGAAAACAUCAUGAAGUACCAGACUUUGGAAUCCAAGUUGGAGCAUACGAGUGAAAAAGAUUUGAAUAGAAGCUGGGAUAUGGAAGAGAAUGUUACACUCACACCUGAAAAUCAGAUUAACAGCACAGAAGAUCAAAAUGAGACAAUGAAGAAUGUCAUCUUGAAGGAAAAUGUUGUUGUGGAGAGAGAAAAAGAAGAGGGAAGAACUGAAGUCAAAGAACAGGAUUCUGAGGAAGAUGAUUGUCCGAAAGAAAUCGAGAAUACAUCAACGUCAAAUCUAAAGGAAUUAGCCAAUGAGAUAGAAGAUUCAAAGCCGAUACCAAUUGAAGUAAAAGCAGAAAGCCAAAGAGAACUCAAAAAUAUACCAGAAAAUCUCAGUUGUCUGUCAAAAGCAUCUUCCACCAUAGAAGAAGUAAAAGAUGACAGCAUAGAUGAAGCAUCAAGGUCCGAAAGAGUUCCAAUUCUGGAAGAUGCCAAGGCAUUAGAACUUCAAGUCAACUUACCAGAAAUAGAAUCUAUCAUUACUCCCUCAAAUGACCAAGAUGGCAUGAAACUAAGAGAAGGCAUAGAAACUAUUGAACAACAAGGUGUACUCGUUUCUCAGUUAACAGACAGAGAGAUCUUAGAAGAAGAAGCCACUGAGAACAGGAAAGAAGCACCUAAUCAUGAGUUUGAGAAAGAAGAAAAGGAUGAUGAACAGAUAUCUGAAAUACAAACUCCUGAAGCAAUUUCCAAAAUGGAGGUGAAGGAAGAGUAUCUAGGAGCAACAAACGACUCAUGCAAAACACUUACAGGUGGAUUAUCAAGUGAGAAGUUAUUGGAUGAACUUAAAGAGAUUGAUGCCAAAGAAGAUACUGAAUUAAUAGUUAGCGGAGAAGAGAAGGCUGCUGAAGAUUCUUACCAAGAUGCAGUUGCAGAAGUGACAGCAAUCUCGCAAACAGAAGAGGUAAGAGCAGUAAUUGAGAAACUUGUGUCCAUGGUACCACCUGAAGAACUUACAUCUCCAACAACUGAAGACCGAACAAAUGACCUAGUAGCGGGAACGGAUAAGACAAAGGUUGAGCACAGCAGCAUAAGCAACAAGGAUUGGAAUCCGGAAGAGUUUACCGAAACUUUAUUAGAAGACCAAAGAAGUGUAGAAAAAUAUAUCGAGGAAGAAGGGCAAGAUAACUUUGGUGUUGAAAAUAAGGAAGCAAAAAGUGGAAAUGAGGUAGUGGAAGAUGUUCUUGUUAACGAGGUUCUUCUGGAAGCUGAGAAGGCCAAGGAAAGUAAAAGCAUCAAAGAUAACAUCAACAAGGAAGUUAGCUGCAUACCAAACCAAUUGACAUCAGCCACAGAUGAAGUUUGCCAGAUUAAAAGGUUAAAUUCAAUUCCCAAUGAACUUCUUGAGGCAAAAGGUUCGGUUGAAGAUAUUGGAGAUCCAAAAUUAAUGGCUGAAAACCACAACUUAAAGGCUGAAACAUUCACCAUCAUGAAAGAACCAACUGAAGAUAUGAAGCAAGAUGUUGAGAACACCAGCGAAACUGUUGCCUCAGAAUUUGAAAGAUUGGAGAAUAUGGUGACAGAAGAAAAGUUGAUAGAAGCAAAUGCAAACAAGGAAAAAGAAACACUAGAUGAGCCACAGGCAGAUGACCCUGCAAAAAUCAUGUCUGAUUCAAUAUCGAGUUCGACAGAGCAAGACAAAGAAGUUAGAUCUGAGGAGAGCAGUGGCCAUGGUGAUAUGCACAAACUUGAAGUAGAGCCAACUGAAGUUGAUGAAAUAGUUGCUGACGGUAAAGAAGUUUCUGCAAUGUUGACAGAAAAUCUUCAGGAAGCUUCCCCCGAGAUGAUUCCAGUGAAACAUGACCCAGAAACUGCAACCAUCAUUGAGAAGAUUGAAGAGAUCAAAGAUAAAGAUGAAACUCUUGUGGACAUGGAUUUUUCGACAAGUACUAAAGAGGUAGCAUGUCUGUCAAAUGAAAAGACAAGAGAGCUUCAAGUUUCCACAUUGAAUACUGAAAUAGACGGAGGCAAACAGGAUGGUACUGGUGAUAUGCUGAACAAGGAAAGAGAAGCAGUACAAACACACGAACAUAUAUCCGAUAUUAAAUUUGUUGAUCCUCCAUUGAAUGUUGAGAUCAGGGAGCAAGAAGAACUCAUGCACUGUGGUUCACAAGAACCAUCAGAAGACAAUGCUUUGCUAUCACAGAAUGACAAGAAAAUUGUAGAUUUGCUUGUUCAACCAUCAGUACAGACAGAAAUCAUACAAAGCGUAGAUAAAAGAUUUGAGGAGGCUCCUGCAAUAGAUGAACAAAAGCAUGAGAACGAUCUCGAUACAGCCAAAGCAAGAAUUGUUGACGUAGUGAGCAGUGCAGAAAGUCCAAGAAUUGAACAACAGCAUCUCGACACAAAAGAAGCAACAGUGGAACCCAUUAACCAGGAAAAUCAAAGUGAGCAGAAAAAAGAAGCAGAUGAAAACAUACAGAGCGAUAUUCCAAUUGAAAAGGUGCCAAAGCAGACUACAGCAGACACAGAAAUUGCAGAUGAAUUUCUGGUAAUGCCAGUGGCUAAAGAAGAAGAAGAAAAGUCGAACCACCUGCAAAAUUAUUCGAGGGAAGAAGAGCAUUAUGGAAAGAGGACAUAUCAAGAUCUUGAAGCUGUAACGGAACCAUCCCAAACCGAUAAGUUGUCUGAUAAAGUGAAAAAGGCUGAAUCAAUAGACAUCCAAGAAGAGACCAUGGCUGGAGGCAAUCUUCAUAAGGAAGAGACAGAGAAAAGAACAAACAUCACAGAGGCAACACUCGAUUUACAUCAUGGAGAACAGGGUGAUGAAACAUGUUCAGAAGCUGCAAUUCCAAUUGAAGAUGUGAAAAAUUCAGGUGUGGAGUUGAAAGGUGACAUGGAUGUGCCAGUUCCUAAGUGUGCUUCAACAAGGAAUCCUGAAGUUAGAAGUGCAAUCCUUGAGGUUCUAUCUGUCAUGGAUGCAACAGCUGACAAAGCAGGUUAUAACAGAGAUCCAAAUGAUAAGACAGCUGAAGCACAUGUGGCAGAAAAAGGAGUUCUAAAGGAAGACGUUCAUCUCGAUUCGACAUGUAACAGAAGCAAAACCACAGACAAGAUUUCUGUAAUGAAUCAGGAACCUGUCAAUCUCCCUCUAACAAAGGAAAGAAGUAUGGAACUUGAUGCACCUGUGACGCCUGCUACUGCAGCUAGAGAGGACAUGGAGAUUUCAAAAGAAUAUGUAACAGAUGACCUUGUGAAAAUAAGCCAGAUUCAACCGGAACUACAAAAAUAUGAAGUUUCAGCUAGUGCUGUGGAUAAGCAGUUACCAGAUAAACCAUAUCAAAAUGAGAGCAUGGAGAGCAAGCUCUUAACUGGAAAUAUAGAUGCAUCACAUGAGCAAAGGGAACCAAAUGCAAAAUCACUGACUGCUAAGGCAAAAAACUUGAAAGCCACCGACGCUUCGGGUACUGAACCACAAUGCAGCAUUGAAAUUGUCAAAGAAGAGAAGAAAAUAAGUGAUGAAAAAGAGAAGUCUGAGACACCAGAGGCAGCUAGGAUUGUGUUCACUGACAUAUUGCAUGAAUCAACACAAGGGAACUCACAAGUGGCUGAAAACUUAAUGUUAAGAACCAGAUCAAGAACAGACAAAGAGGAUGAAGCUUUGACAAAAGAUCAGCAAGUAGACAAAGAAGAAACUGGUGACAACAGAGAAAAAACGGAGGACGAGGAUGAAGCUGAAGAAGAUGACGAAGAUAAUCAAAAGAUGGGCUCAUGCUCUGAUGCUCCGGUUAUGAUAGAAGCAUCAAAAGACAUGGAUGUUAAGGUUCAUAAGAAAUCUCAUAAUAUACUUUCAGGUGUUGGCUCAAAGGUCAAGCAUUCAAUUGCCAAGGUGAAGAAAGCAAUAACCGGUAAGUCUUCUCAUCCAAAACCACCGUCACCAAAAGAGAGAGAUUAAGUGAUUACUCGGCGAAACAGAUCAGUGUGUAAAUUUCUCAAGGAAGAAUAACGCAAAUGUGAUAAAUGGUUCAGAAGGAACUCGCCAACUAGUUAUAUCACGUAGUUGAGAAAUGUGAGCAAAAGCUAGAUGCAGUAUUAUUUUGCAUGUAUUAAUUGUGUGUUUGAGUGAAAUGUAUGAAAUAACUCAGUUACAUCUAUUUAGUAUUUUGUUAAUUAGGUUUCCAUAGAACUUAUGAAAUGGCAUUCUUUCUCACU